GUUUAAGAAAAAAAUCCAAAGGAAAAUAAGCUUUGUUCAUGUAAUAGAAAUGGUACUAUAUGGAUCAAUUAUGUCAGUGGUUUUGGCUAGUAUUUUAGAAUAUAUUUUAUCAUUUUAUUUUUUUUAUUUUUCCAAUUUAUGUUUUACAAAUGAAGUAAAUAGGUCCCUGCAUUUUGUGUAUUCGAUAAUAGUAUUUUUUUACUUUUUUUUUAUAAUAGCAUAUGUAGAAGAGCUUUCGAAGAUUAUGCCAAUGCUAUUUGUAUAUAUAAAUAUAGCACAUUGUAAAAAUGAAUAUAAAGAAUUGCCCUUAGUUAAUGAUAGUAAUAUUUUAGAAGACCCUUCUUAUGAAGAAGGACCAAAAGUACAGGAAUAUAGAAGACCAAAAUUUCAAUAUAUUAUAGUGAAUGACGAAUUGGAAUAUAUUUUUUUCUCUUUAUGUUCUUCAGCUGGUUUUUCAAGUACUGAGAAUUUAUUUUAUUCAACGCAAACUACCAAGGACAAUUUUUUUUGUAUUAUAAUAUUAAGAAAUUUAAUAUGUGUGCUAUUUCAUAUGUGUUGCACGGGUAUUUCAUCCUAUAAUAUAUAUAAUUAUGUUAACCAGAAAUACAAAAAGGGUUUUUUUUUUAGAUGCUUAUACAUAUUGGUAUCUCUAUUUUCUUCUUCUUUAUUUCACGCUGUUUAUGACUAUACGAUAUUUUUUAGUUCGAUGAACAUUCCUUCUUAUCAAAUAAUUUUUUUAAAAAUAUUGUUUACUUAUAGUUUCAUUUCAGUUUUGUUGAUGUUUUUUUUUAGUGUAAUUAGGAACAUGAUAUAA